AUGGCGUCUUCAAUGAGCUUGAAGCUGGCAUAUGCCAUGCUUAUAGUGAUGGUAGUUGGUGCACCCCUAGCACAAGCAGCCAUCUCAUGUGGUCAAGUCACAAGCAGCUUGUCACAAUGCAUAGGCUACCUCCAGAGAGGUGGGGCUGUGCCUCCACCUUGCUGCGGUGGGAUCAAAUCUCUCAAUUCUCAAGCCAGGACCACCCCUGACCGCCAAGGGGUUUGCAACUGUUUGAAAUCCUUGGCUGGUCGGGUCUCUGGUAUCAACUAUGGCUACGCUGCUGGCCUCCCUUCCAAGUGUGGCAGUGAGAUGAAGAAUUGGAGAAGCAAUUUUCAGCAGGGUAUGAAGUAUAGUGAUAAGCUAGUGCUAGAAUAA